UCUUUAGUUAAACAAAGAGACAGAGAAAAACAAAAAAGAUUUGGAAAAGCUCUCCUCCCUCACCCGAACCCUAGUUGCCGCCGCUGCAGUUUCUUCUAUCUCGUUAACCACCACUAACAUAUCCUUCGUUGCAAUGGAAGAAGGAGGCAGAGGAACACUCUCGGAAGUUCCCCAAAGCCUCAAGAAGCUAUUGCUUAGGUAUCGCGACGGUCUAUAACAGCUUGAGCGUCUCGAGAAUUCCACCGCUACCUCAAUUGCCACUGUCAACCUUAAUUCGGAGCUUUCGUUUACUAUAAAGAAGGUUAUCAACCAGAUUCAAUCCCUCUGUGUUGAGAUGGACCGGCGUUUCGUUGCAGCCAAACCCUAACGCGACCUCUGUAAAAGUUUUCUCUUCUGGGUACCCUUUGGUUUUCGCUGAAAUGGUCCAUGUUUCGAGAACCGAAGGUGGCACUGGUACCCACUUGCUGUCUGCUAAAGUUUGGAAAACUAUUCAAUCCAUUAAGGAAAUCGUUGAGAAUCAUUCUGAGGCUGAUAUCUAUGUUGCCCUUAAAGAGACUAACAUGGAUCCUAAUGAGACGACUCAGAAAUUGCUUAACCAAGGUUGGGUUUUUUGGGGGGUAUAUUCAAGUGAGUUAUAAUGUUUAGUUUGAAGCUCUUUUAUCAUUCAAGUGAGUUGUAAGGUUUCCUGAGUCAAGUUGACAAGAGUUUUCUGUGCUUCAGUGGGAUUCGAGGUUGCUUUUUUGGUAUUGCAAAGAUGAUUCUGGUUAAGAGAAUGAGAGAAACAUUAUACUCUUCCCUCCUUCUUUAGGUUGUGCUUAACUUAAUAACCGAUCUCUCUUGCUGCAUUUAGUUUUUUAUUUUGUGUGUGGUUUAACUCAUUUGAUAUUGCCCUUAUUGUAGGAUAUAUCAUUUUUUGACAAUGAAAAAAUAGGAGAUUUGAUAAGUAGACUUGGGGCAGAUUGUCAUCAACUUUCAAGGGUUAUUGGAAAUGAUCUUAACUUGAUAUUGCGCAAUGUCCUUCACGUUUAUUUAUAUACGAAAUAUCUAAUGCUAAUAGAAGUUAUCCUGCAUGAUGGAGGAUUUAAUAGGUUUCUUUUCCGUCUUCCUAGGGAGGAGGUUCAUUAAUCUACUUGUUGAUUUUGUCUUGGCCAAAAUAUUGGGAAGAACAAUAGUAGAGUAUUGUGGAGGUAAGUUUUAUUCACUAUAGUUUGAUAUCUUUCGACUGAGAGGAACACUGGAUUAUAUUGAUCUUUAUCAAAUUCAUUAGCCUGAUCUUUAUGCAGUCUGUUGAGGAUGAAAUUGGAUUAUAUUGAUAUUUAUCAAAUUCAUUGGCCUGAUCGGUUUCCAUCUUAUUCUUAACAUUAAUUUUUUUUUUGGUACUGUAUGUUGGACAGAUUUCUUAUCUUUUUCCAUGUGUGUCUUAUUAAUUCUUGUAGCUAUCUUUCUAUGUUUGGAGAAACCGAAUACGAUCUGGAUCGACAAUACUCUUCAAUUAAUAUAAAUGAACAACUUGAAGCUCUUAGCAAAGCAGUGAAAGCGGGGAAGGUAAGUAAGUAUCAUUGUCAAAUAGUUUACACUGUGGCUGAGUGCUGCCAUCACGAGAGUAUUGGCUUGUUGGCCUACAAUCCUCUGGCAAUGGGUAUUGUUUCAGGAAAAUAUCUUUCCCUUGGUAAUGGACCACCAGAUACUCGGUUAAAUAUCUUUAAAGGAAAGUAUUCAAAAGGAGAAUCCAGAUACAUUUUAUAUCUAAUAAAGCUACACAUGCAGCUACUCGAAUGCUGAAUUUAAAGAUGCUGAAUUUAAAAAUACUGGAUCGGAAAGGUAUGUAGUUUGGACAAAGACUUGGAAAGUUGGAGAUUUCUUCUCAACUUGCCUAUAUGAAUCUCAGAGCAAAGUUGGGGAUUUCUUCUUAGAAUCCAACUAUUCCGGGAGAGGAAGAAGCUAGUAGUCCACUAAUGAAAGUGAUCAAACAAAUGAAGAUGACGUCGAUGAAUUAGAUGAAGAAAACCUUAGUAAUAAAUUCUGAUUUGUAUUUGGUGUAUUUUUUAAUUUCGGUGGAUAAAUGAUCAUUAGUAGCUUGGUUGUUUGAGUCAGUUUUAGUAAUGUGACUAUGUAAGUACUUGUUAAUAACUUUGUAGCAUUUUUUACAGUAACAAGUUGUUCUAUGAAUUUGAA